CUCAGAUAUGCCCCACUGAGCCAGACUGCUACCACAACAAUCGCUUCUCAGGCCCUGCUCACCAUGGAGGAGCAAACGGCCGCCCUUCUCGCGGCGCUGAAGAAGCAAGCGUCGACUAACGUCGACAAGCGGCUGGACCUCUUUAGCAGCCUGAAGUCCAGUAUCAAACACCAGCGCGUGCCCGAGAGCUGCCAGGCCUCGAUUCUUGAAUGCAUCCGAAUUGCCAUCAGCGCCCAGACAUCUGCACAGCUCGUCACCACCGGCUUCUCCACCCUCAGUCAUUUGAUUAAGCGGCUGGUGCUGCAGAAGGAGACUCACGUCAUCACCACCCACGCCUUGCAACUAUGCCCCAUACUGCUGGACUACCUGGGCAAUGCGCGCGAAGGCCACCGCAGCGCUGCCUCGGUGCUGCUCGUCGAGCUCUACAACUGGUGCCACACGGAGAUCGAUGCCGGCAUUCACAGCGCGAUAGGCGGCAGCAACCCCCGCGCAAAAGAGACAGCUAUGACGUGGGUUGUCAAGAUGAACAAGAACCACAGCCUGCCGUUCAAGAGCUACGUCAACCAGCUGGUCGCGAACUGCGAAGAUGCCGACCCUGAGGUGCGCAAUGUAGCCAAGAAUGCAAUUGUGUCGCUGUUCCAGACCGCCCCAACGAGCGCGAGAGUGAAUCUUAAGAAGCAGCUCGCUGCUCAUAACGUGCGAAAAGCGACCCAAACCUUCAUCACUGCACAACUAGACGACGUCGCCAUGGACGAAGAACACAACGAACCAGCGCCCGCACCCGUGCGCGAGCGCGCCCUUCCCACCUCGAGAGCGAAAACGCUGCAGCCGGACACUGGCUUCGCAGACAGCUUGGCCGCGGAGCAACCCCCACCCGCCGAGGCCGUCUCUAUGGACCCAAUACACGUCUACACGCAGCGCGAGCUGGAAGACAUUUUCCGCGACAUGGCACCACCAUUUGAAGGCAGGGAAAACGAGCAGAACUGGAUCGGACGUGAUAAGAACACAACGAAGCUGAGGCGCAUAUUGAAGGGCAACGCACCGACCGAGUUCCACGCCGCUUUCAUGACAGGCAUCAAGUCGCUGCUGGACGGCAUUCUGAAGGUCGCCAACACGCUGCGAACAACCAUGUCAACCAACGGGUGUCAUCUGGUGCAGGAGCUCGCAAAGACGGUUGGACCAGCCAUCGACCCCUGGGUGGAGAUCUUGCUUCAGAGCUUCAUCAAAAUGUGCGCCGCUACCAAGAACAUCGCGGCACAGAACGGAAAUGUCACAGUGGAUGCGCUUCUUUCGCACGUUUCAUACAACAACCGCAUCCUGCAGCACGUGCAAUUCGCCUCGCAAGACAAGAACGUCCAGCCUCGUAUCUUCUCGGCCAGCUGGGUAAAGACACUUAUUCGCAAGCACAAGUCGCAUAUCGAACACUCGGGAGGACUGGACAGCUUCGAUAAGAUCCUGAAGAAGGGACUGACAGACGCCAACCCCAAAGUGCGUGAGGCCUACCGGAGCACCUACUGGACGUUCGCACUGGUGUGGCCCCAGAAAGCUGAAGCCAUGUACGAAACCCUCGAGAAGCGCGAAAAGACCGGUCUCGACAAGGACCCGAACAACCCCAACGCAUCGCUCGCAUCAUCGCAACCCAGCACGGCAUCAUCAUUCUCGAAAUCCGUUGGACCGGGUGCUGCAAGGACAAGUCUGAAGGAGAAGAUCGCAGAGCAAAGACGGGCGAAACUGGCGGCUUCUAAGGGUGUUGCCGAUCGACCCAGCUCUGCUGCAGCAAGCUACGAGACCCCGAGAUCGCUGUCGACCAAGUCGCUGGGCGCAGGUGCGAGGACUAUGUCCAAUGCUUCGACAGCAUCCAACGGACCGGCUCGGCCACCGUCCGCCAUGUCUGGCGAGUCUACAAAAUCAGCUCUGAAGAGUUCGACCGGAACUGGUUCGUUGAUGGGCGGCAUGGUACGGCGGCCGAUCCGUCGACCUGAGCUGAACAGGCCGAAGACAGCAGAUCCAUACUCAGUGCGACAGAGCAAGAUCACUCCGUCAACCACAACAACGCCAGAGAAGACACCGGCUCUCAAGUCGCUGAAGAAGUCUGUCGGGCCUACAACCUCAAGUGCAGCUAGGCCGCGAUCACAAACUCAAAACAGCCCUGCCGUCAGUCCUGUGCGUGGCAAGUCCAGGCCGGAUCAGGCUCGGACAACAACACACAGGAAGAACCCGAGCAUAGGGUCACAACGAGGGAGUCCGGCAGUCAGUCCUCACAAGGACGAGGACCUGACAAUGGUACGGCCAUUCAUCCGAUCGCAGAGCCACCACGAUGGCACGAUGCCCUUCCGCCAGAGGAACGGGAUGGACAAGCGUGCCUCUGUUGACAGCAACGCACUCGACAUGGACGAGGAUAACUUCACGAUGAUCAAUGUCCCAAGCCUUGCGCGCCCGAUAUCACAAAGGGUACAGAGCACACCGCCCAAGCCCAACCCAUCUGGAGGACGACUGCCGGUACCUAGCCCACGAGCUGCUUCGAUGCUGAGCCCGAGUCUUCUACCAGCACAAAGUCCACGGCAGAGGUCCCCGGAUCGGGCUGCGCAAGAGGAGGUUGAAGUGUACGAAGACCCCUUCGUGGGUGAUGAACCAUCGCCUGCAGGCCAAGAGGUCGACACGCCCGUUCUAGGAGAACUUCCGAUUAACGAGAGGAGCAACGAGCGACAACCAGGCAUAGACAGCAACGGCGACGCCAUGAUGGGCGAAGGGACCGAAGAGCGCAUCCGAGGCCAUCACAAGACCACCAGCACCGGAAGUGUCAUGCACACCGAGAACAACGACGCCAACAGCCCCGAGACUCUCAAGAAUAGACAAUUGCUUGCCAGCGCUAUCAAGAAAAUCGAAGGACGUACAGUCGAUGCUGGCAUGUUCCGCAAGAUCCAGGACGCGAUCAAGUCAAACCAGGAGAUUUGGGGCCCGAACGAUGAGGUCUUCGGCAGGCUACUCCUCGCCUGUCUCGACUACUUCCAGACACCUUCUGCAGAGCUCAAGCUCCCUGCGACGAAGGCUGGCUCCUGCAAGGGCCAGGCUCUCGCAACCAUACGCGCGAUGCUGUCACUAUACCGCAAGGAGACAGCAAAGUACUUCUCCCGUGUCCUCUGCACCAUCUUGCAAGCCAAAUCGCAGCACGAGAACACAUCACACAUUGCAGGCGACAUGGAAGCCACAGCCAACGAGAUCGUCCGCUACGGUCAAGUCUCAGACUGCUUGAACGCAGUCCUCGCCCUCAUCGAAGACAUGCCAGCCUCAACACCCACAUCCUCCCCUAACUCGAAGUCCUCAUCUCCAUCAUCCCCCGCCACCAACAGCACGCGCACCAUGACCAUGUCGCUGCGCACCCUAGCGAGCCUCGUCGAGAUCACAAGCAGCAAGAACGUCGUACUCUUCCAGGAGCAGACGCACCGCCUGGGCAAGCUCGCGGUCAGGUGCAUGGAAGACCAGGAUGCCGAUAUCAGGAAGGCGAACAUCGACUUCUGCAUUGCGCUGCACGAACGUAUCGUUGGUCCCGGCGGUGAGCCAAAAGCGUUCUGGGAGGCAGUCGCUGGCGCGAGGGAACAGCAGCUUAAUCUGCUGACGUACUAUCUUGCGAAGAAGGAGAAGGCUUAGAGAGCCAAUUCCGCGAAAUUUGAGGGCGAGCUUACACCGAUUGAGGAGCGCACGUGGGAGGAAGAGAUGUUUUGAUCUUUGCGGCUGGGUUGGGUUGGUGCACAUAGGGUGGGACCAUUGCAACACAGGGGCGUUACGAGAAAAGCAAAGGAUCAUCGAUAGUCACUUCCUUAUCUCCUUCUUUGUCUUGGUGGGAGUUUGGGCCUCUAUUGUAUCAACACUUCGUUCUUCGUUUAGGAU